AUGAGUAAGAGUCUAAAGCCGGCUGAUCGAUACUCCCUAGUUGAGACCACACCUUUAGAAAUGAAAGGAGUCAAGGGUGGCGAAUUGGAUUGUCCAAGGAGAGGUGGACCGCUUUGGGAAAAAUCGCAAAACUCAUGAACGAAGCUUCGGAAGUUUGGCCGCGCGCGGAGGAGUUCCCGACGUCCAAAAGUUACGAUCUUGAUAUGGAAAGAUAGAUACUUGAGUCAUGCAUCACGUCGAAGUGGAAUGAAGCCAUUUGGAUCAACUAUGAGGCCGGAACUUAUUUUCUACCGAGACAUGUCCGGUAAGCGAGUAAACGAAGCCCAUGGAGGAUUUGGAGUGUCUAAUGGCCCGAGCAGCAGCGCCAAAGGCCUUGAUCGAAUAGAGAAGAGGCCUGGCUAA